GUCUCAGCUGCAGCAUCUGUAACGUCUUCUCCAUCUUCAUAGCUAUCGGCAACUACCACACCAUGCAUGAACCUAGAACCACGGCACGCCUUAAAGAAAGAAAAUUUUCCAACAAAAAGCACUGCCACAGGCUUCAUUGUAGCUAUCCAGAAUCCUUGACCUCAUCAUUGGAAUGGGUGAAAACCAAACAAUAUCGGGCACAUGUCAAACCAUGUGUCCUGAAAAGGAGUUUUCUUUGAGAGAAAGAGAGGGUUUACUUCAUCCAUUUGAAGUCCAGAAAACUUCUCACAGAACAAAAAGACCUCCGGGUGACCGAGGCAAAACUGUGAAAAGCUAUAGUCGUCCUGCUGCAGGGAAACGUGGACCUCAUCCAGGUGAUCUGAGACCUGCCCCAGUUUUAGUUAAAACUGUCAACUAUCUUAUUGACAACAUUUCCUCAAAAGAUGAUGGGGGGUGGACCAUGGUUUAUGAGUAUGUGUUUGACAGAUUACGAGCUGUGAGACAGGAUGCUGUCAUUCAGCGGAUACACGGGUCACCACUGGUGGAGAUUCUCGAGAAAGUCAUUAGAUUCCAUAUCUUUUCAAGUUAUCGACUUGCAAUGGAGCCCCAACUAAAUUUUGAUACGAAAAUAAAUGACACUCACGUACAAGAAAGUCUGAAACGGCUUCUAAGAGUUUAUGAAGUGGAGGAAGACUGCAACUGCCAGAACAGAAAAGAAUUUGAAUCAAUUUACAUUUUAUACAACCUUGGGAACACUGAGGCAUUGCAUCAUUAUCUGACCUUAAGUAAGACAAUGCGGAACAAUGAACAAUUGAAGUUGGCAUUUGCAAUCAACCAAGCCUAUCUACUUUCUAAUUACGUCAGGUUCUUUAGAUUGGUGAAAAAUCUCAACAUCAUGGGCAUGUUAGCCGUUCAUAGACAUUUUGCUCAAAUUGAGUGGGGCGCCCUGAAGAUAAUGGCAAGUGGGUUCCAUAGUAAGAACCUACGCUACCCCAUCAGUAAUCUCAGCAAUAUCUUACAGUAUGGCAAUGAUGAUCAUCUCAUAAACACUUGUAAACAGUCUGGCUUUGAUGUGACAGAUCAAGGAGUUCAGUUCAUGAAAACUAGUUUCAAUCAGGCGAGCAAGGUUCCCAUUCGACAUUGCAGCUUUAUUGAUGAGAUACUUGAAAGCUAUUCUGUGGUGGAUAUUCUUCAUGGGAUAACAUGACCUAAGCCUUGAUAAAUAUCUUGGAGAAAGGAAUUUAAACACAGUCAAUUAAUCAGAUUGAUGCUGUGGACAGCGCCUUGAGCACCAUUUCCAUGGUGGAUCUGGCGCUAUACAAGUUCUGUAUUGAUUGAUUGAGUGAUUUGACAGGGCCGAUGCGAUUAAAGUUUACUGCAAAUUUAUAUCAUUAAACAUUUCUAUUUGAUAUCUAAUAUGCUUUGGUGGUCUGUCACAGAGAAUGUCCCUCUAUGGUUAGCCUUUUCAAUUUCUGGAUGGUUUAAACUGAAAACUAGAUUUUAUCGACAAACUCACCGGGGAAAUUCUUCAUACUUGGAUUUUACAUUCUUAGUCUUAUGCCUUAGAGUUUGAAGUAAGCCCAAUGCUUUUUAAUGCUCCAAAUGUAUAAUGUUUUACCACUCCUUUCUAUACUUCGGCUGCCAUCAAAAACAUGUCAGUUCUAUUGGACUGUCUUUGGAUCACAUCUUAUUCGCUCGAAUUUUGCUUUCAUUGUGACCACAAUUUCCGUUUUUUUAUCAAAUAUACUUAUCUUGUACUUUAAG